GUUAGGGUUUGACACACCGUCCACAACCCUAACGCACACACAUUACACAUUCCACUCCGAGCGGCCGUUGCACAGAAAAGAAAGAAAAAAUGAAGGUUGUAGCUGCAUAUUUGCUGGCUUUGUUGGGAGGUAACACAGCCCCUACUGCUGAAGAUUUGAAGACCAUUCUUGGCUCAGUUGGAGCUGACGCCGAUGAUGAUAAAAUUAAGUUGCUAUUGUCCGAGGUGAAAGGAAAAGAUAUCACUGAGUUGAUUGCAUCAGGCAGGGAGAAACUGGCUUCCGUUCCUUCUGGAGGUGGCGGUGUUGCUGUUACCGCUGCUGCCGGUGGUGGUGCUGCCCCGGCUGCAGCUGCUGCUGAGACCAAGAAAGAGGAGAAGGUUGAAGAGAAGGAAGAAUCAGAUGAUGACAUGGGUUUCAGUUUGUUUGAUUAAGGAUUAGAAGGUAUGAAGAAUUAUGUCGGUGUUAUCUUGGAAUUUUUUGGUAGUGAUUUCAUAGUGUAUCUUUAAAUGUUGAUCUUUGUGAGACCUUUUAAAAGUUUAUUUGGAGUUGUUAAGUGAAGUGGAUCUGUCAAACUUUUUUCUGCA